UGCAUUUCUUCACAACUCAUUGUAAGAUCUUUCUUUAGAUUGUGCAACAGAUAAUUUGCCCCACUGCGAGAUCUUUGACCAGUAUCAGGGGACUUCAUUCUGCCACGGUGAGUGGAAAGGAUCAUAAACACUGCAGCUGAGGACAAGUCAAAUCUUUAGAUCCAUUAUUAAAACUAUUUUAAGAGAGAACGAAUUCCUAAAUUAGAGGUGUUUGGAUUUACUAUUUUGGACUCAGGACAUUGGUAGCAAGGCUCUGACCCACUUCUCUGUCAACGAGACGAGGAUAUAUUGGCUUGGUGUGAGCCGCAGACAUCACAGAACCAAAGUUCAAAACCUCUGAUUAGGGAGGGCAAACAGCGAGCAAGAUUGGUAAUCUGGCUCCCGCAAUUGUAAACCCAAAGGAUUGUGGGAUUUGUAGUUUUUCUUAAAUCAUUUCCGCUUCAUGAACUACAUUUCCCAAGAUGCAACUGUAGCCAGACGGCCCCGCUGUCCGGUGCGAAGUGUCCCUUUAAGAUAAGUCUGUUCUGUGAGGGCUGCAGGUUUCUGUUGUGGAAAGUAAGGCGUUCCAUUUCUCCUCGUUGCCCUUUGGUGAGACCUGCAAGAGAGAAGCGGCUUCAGUGGAGCGUGUUUGUAGCGGGGUUUCUCUAGCCUUUGGCCUCAGGAAACUCGUUAAGAAUGAGGAUGAGCUUUGGGUUGACUGUCAGGUCUGCACAAGGCCGCUGGACCCCAAACGCCAGCCGUCAGUGCUCGCAUGGAUCUGUUGGGUUAUUUGUGCCUGCAAGUUCUCCUUUGGACCCUGAGAAGGUGAAAGAGUUGCAGCGCUUCGUAACCCUUUCCAAGAGACUCCUAGUGAUCACCGGGGCAGGCAUCUCCACGGAGUCGGGGAUUCCAGACUACAGGUCAGAAAGGGUGGGACUUUAUGCCCGCACUGACCGCAGGCCCAUCCAGCACUGGGACUUUGUACGGAGCGCGGCAAUCCGCCAGCGGUACUGGGCAAGAAACUUUGUGGGCUGGCCACGGUUCUCCUCCCACCAGCCUAACCCCGCACACUGGGCUCUGAGCAACUGGGAGAGACUCGGAAAGCUGUACUGGUUGGUGACCCAAAAUGUGGAUGCCUUGCACACCAAGGCGGGGAGUCGGCGCCUGACGGAGCUCCACGGAUGCAUGCACAGGGUCCUUUGCUUGACUUGUGGUGAGCAGACUGCCCGCGGGGUGCUGCAGGGGCGUUUUGAAGUGCUGAACCCCACCUGGAGUGCUGAGGCCCAUGGCCUGGCUCCCGAUGGUGAUGUCUUUCUCACAGAUGAGGAGGUGCAAAGCUUCCAGGUCCCCUCCUGCACUCGAUGUGGAGGUCCCCUGAAACCAGAUGUCACCUUCUUUGGGGACACAGUGAAACCAGACAAAGUUGACUUUGUACACAAGAGGAUCAAAGAAGCCGACUCCCUCUUGGUGGUGGGAUCGUCCUUGCAGGUGUACUCUGGUUACAAGUUUAUCCUUACUGCCCAAGAGAAGAAGCUGCCAAUUGCAAUACUGAACAUUGGGCCCACACGGUCAGACCACUUGGCUUCUCUGAAACUGGACUCUCGCUGUGGAGAGUUGCUGCCUUUGAUAGACCCGCACUGACCACGGCCUGAUGUUCCUAAGCCAGAAACAGGGACUUCCACUUGAAUCCUGCUGCUAAAGGUAAAUGCCUUCUCAGCUGUGAGAUACCAUCUGAGAGUAGGCUACACUGACAAAAUAUACAAGGUUCUAUUCUAGCUCACAAAGAAAAAGACUAGACUUACUGGUCUGACAGAGACUGGAGAAACCCCAAGAUUAUGGCCCCUGGACACCCUUAUAGCUCAGUAAUGAAG